ACAUUUUACACAUUCAGCCAUCAGACAACAGAACUCAGAAGAGCUGACAAGAGUCACCAAAAGAUCUGAAGAAAUCUACUUGAUUUGAAACCUUAAACCAGUCUGACCGUGCUAAGAUGAAGACUUUCAGUGUUGCUGUUGCAGUAGCCAUCGUGCUCACCUUUAUUUGUAUUCAGCAGAGCUCUGCUGUCCCAGUCACUGUGGUGCAGGAGCUGGAGGAGCCAAUGAGCAUUGACAACCCAGUGGCUGAACAUGAGGAGACAUCAGUGGACUCAUGGCAGAUGCCGUACAACAACAGAGAGAAGCGUGGCAUUAAGUGCAAGUUUUGCUGCGGCUGCUGCAGACCCGGGGUCUGUGGAUUGUGCUGCAGGUUCUGAGCAUAAUCAGAACCUGUGCUGAUUAACACAUUUUGUCAUUUGUUUUCAAGAACUUGUAAAACUUUGAUUUGUAUUCAUGCUAUAUAAAAAAAUGUAAGGAUUUCUCUGGAUGACAAUUCUUUCUCAGUCAUGCAUCUGUAUCAUGCUAAUAUUUUUCUUAAAAUCUAUUAAAGUGGAUGAUCAGUA